UUUUUUAACAAUUAUUAGUUAGAAAAUGCAGAUCUUCGUGAAGACUCUCACCGGCAAGACAAUUACAUUGGAGGUUGAACCUUCAGAUACAAUUGAAAAUGUAAAAGCUAAGAUUCAGGACAAAGAAGGCAUUCCUCCAGACCAACAACGUUUAAUUUUCGCUGGUAAACAAUUGGAAGAUGGACGUACCUUAUCGGACUACAACAUCCAAAAGGAAUCGACCUUGCAUUUGGUAUUGCGUCUUCGUGGUGGUAUGCAAAUAUUUGUCAAGACAUUGACUGGUAAGACAAUUACAUUGGAAGUAGAACCUUCAGACACUAUUGAAAACGUCAAGGCCAAAAUCCAAGACAAAGAGGGUAUUCCCCCAGACCAACAGCGUUUGAUUUUCGCUGGUAAACAAUUAGAAGAUGGUCGCACUUUGUCCGAUUACAACAUUCAAAAAGAAUCUACAUUACAUUUGGUUUUACGUCUUCGUGGUGGCAUGCAAAUUUUUGUUAAGACAUUAACUGGCAAAACCAUAACAUUGGAAGUGGAGCCAUCUGACACCAUUGAAAAUGUGAAGGCCAAAAUCCAAGACAAAGAGGGUAUUCCCCCAGAUCAGCAACGUUUGAUUUUCGCUGGUAAACAAUUGGAAGAUGGACGCACCUUGUCCGAUUACAACAUCCAAAAGGAGUCUACCUUGCAUUUGGUCUUGCGUCUUCGUGGUGGCAUGCAAAUUUUUGUCAAGACCCUAACUGGCAAGACCAUUACCUUGGAAGUAGAGCCCUCUGACACCAUCGAAAAUGUCAAGGCCAAAAUUCAGGACAAAGAGGGUAUUCCCCCAGAUCAGCAACGUUUGAUUUUCGCUGGUAAACAAUUGGAAGAUGGUCGUACUUUGUCGGACUACAACAUUCAAAAAGAGUCAACCUUGCAUUUGGUCUUGCGUCUUCGUGGCGGUAUGCAAAUUUUCGUCAAAACCCUAACUGGCAAGACCAUUACCUUGGAGGUGGAGCCAUCAGACACCAUCGAAAAUGUCAAGGCCAAAAUUCAGGACAAAGAGGGUAUCCCCCCAGAUCAGCAACGUUUGAUUUUCGCUGGUAAACAAUUAGAAGAUGGCCGCACCUUGUCUGAUUAUAACAUUCAAAAGGAGUCAACCUUGCAUUUGGUCUUGCGUCUUCGUGGCGGUAUGCAAAUUUUCGUCAAGACCCUAACUGGCAAGACCAUUACCUUGGAAGUGGAACCAUCAGACACCAUCGAAAAUGUCAAGGCCAAAAUUCAAGAUAAGGAAGGAAUUCCUCCAGACCAGCAGCGUUUGAUUUUCGCUGGUAAACAAUUAGAAGAUGGCCGCACCUUGUCCGAUUAUAACAUCCAAAAAGAGUCAACCUUGCAUUUGGUCUUGCGUCUUCGUGGCGGUAUGCAAAUUUUCGUCAAAACCCUAACUGGCAAGACCAUUACCUUGGAGGUGGAGCCAUCAGACACCAUCGAAAAUGUCAAGGCCAAAAUUCAGGACAAAGAGGGUAUCCCCCCAGAUCAGCAACGUUUGAUUUUCGCUGGUAAACAAUUAGAAGAUGGCCGCACCUUGUCUGAUUAUAACAUUCAAAAGGAGUCAACCUUGCAUUUGGUCUUGCGUCUUCGUGGCGGUAUGCAAAUUUUCGUCAAGACCCUAACUGGCAAGACCAUUACCUUGGAAGUGGAACCAUCAGACACCAUCGAAAAUGUCAAGGCCAAAAUCCAGGACAAAGAGGGUAUCCCUCCAGAUCAGCAACGUUUGAUUUUCGCUGGUAAACAAUUGGAAGAUGGCCGCACCUUGUCUGAUUAUAACAUUCAAAAGGAGUCAACCUUGCAUUUGGUCUUGCGUCUUCGUGGCGGUAUGCAAAUUUUCGUCAAGACCCUAACUGGCAAGACCAUUACCUUGGAGGUGGAGCCAUCAGACACCAUCGAAAAUGUCAAGGCCAAAAUUCAGGACAAAGAGGGUAUCCCCCCAGAUCAGCAACGUUUGAUUUUCGCUGGUAAACAAUUAGAAGAUGGCCGCACCUUGUCUGAUUAUAACAUUCAAAAGGAGUCAACCUUGCAUUUGGUCUUGCGUCUUCGUGGCGGUAUGCAAAUUUUCGUCAAGACCCUAACUGGCAAGACCAUUACCUUGGAGGUGGAGCCAUCAGACACCAUCGAAAAUGUCAAGGCCAAAAUUCAGGACAAAGAGGGUAUCCCCCCAGAUCAGCAACGUUUGAUUUUCGCUGGUAAACAAUUGGAAGAUGGACGCACCUUGUCCGAUUAUAACAUUCAAAAGGAGUCAACCUUGCAUUUGGUCUUGCGUCUUCGUGGUGGAAUGCAAAUUUUCGUCAAAACCCUAACUGGAAAGACCAUUACCUUGGAGGUGGAGCCGUCAGAUACCAUCGAAAAUGUCAAGGCAAAAAUUCAGGACAAAGAGGGUAUCCCCCCAGAUCAGCAACGUUUGAUUUUCGCUGGUAAACAAUUGGAAGAUGGCCGCACCUUGUCUGAUUAUAACAUUCAAAAGGAGUCAACCUUGCAUUUGGUCUUGCGUCUUCGUGGCGGUAUGCAAAUUUUCGUCAAGACCCUAACUGGCAAGACCAUUACCUUGGAGGUGGAGCCAUCAGACACCAUCGAAAAUGUCAAGGCCAAAAUUCAGGACAAAGAGGGUAUCCCCCCAGAUCAGCAACGUUUGAUUUUCGCUGGUAAACAAUUAGAAGAUGGCCGCACCUUGUCUGAUUAUAACAUUCAAAAGGAGUCAACCUUGCAUUUGGUCUUGCGUCUUCGUGGCGGUAUGCAAAUUUUCGUCAAGACCCUAACUGGCAAGACCAUUACCUUGGAGGUGGAGCCAUCAGACACCAUCGAAAAUGUCAAGGCCAAAAUUCAGGACAAAGAGGGUAUCCCCCCAGAUCAGCAACGUUUGAUUUUCGCUGGUAAACAAUUGGAAGAUGGACGCACCUUGUCCGAUUAUAACAUUCAAAAGGAGUCAACCUUGCAUUUGGUCUUGCGUCUUCGUGGUGGAAUGCAAAUUUUCGUCAAAACCCUAACUGGAAAGACCAUUACCUUGGAGGUGGAGCCGUCAGAUACCAUCGAAAAUGUCAAGGCAAAAAUUCAGGACAAAGAGGGUAUCCCCCCAGAUCAGCAACGUUUGAUUUUCGCUGGUAAACAAUUGGAAGAUGGCCGCACCUUGUCUGAUUAUAACAUUCAAAAGGAGUCAACCUUGCAUUUGGUCUUGCGUCUUCGUGGCGGUAUGCAAAUUUUCGUCAAGACCCUAACUGGCAAGACCAUUACCUUGGAGGUGGAGCCAUCAGACACCAUCGAAAAUGUCAAGGCCAAAAUUCAGGACAAAGAGGGUAUCCCCCCAGAUCAGCAACGUUUGAUUUUCGCUGGUAAACAAUUAGAAGAUGGCCGCACCUUGUCUGAUUAUAACAUUCAAAAGGAGUCAACCUUGCAUUUGGUCUUGCGUCUUCGUGGCGGUAUGCAAAUUUUCGUCAAGACCCUAACUGGCAAGACCAUUACCUUGGAGGUGGAGCCAUCAGACACCAUCGAAAAUGUCAAGGCCAAAAUUCAGGACAAAGAGGGUAUCCCCCCAGAUCAGCAACGUUUGAUUUUCGCUGGUAAACAAUUGGAAGAUGGACGCACCUUGUCCGAUUAUAACAUUCAAAAGGAGUCAACCUUGCAUUUGGUCUUGCGUCUUCGUGGUGGAAUGCAAAUUUUCGUCAAAACCCUAACUGGAAAGACCAUUACCUUGGAGGUGGAGCCGUCAGAUACCAUCGAAAAUGUCAAGGCAAAAAUUCAGGACAAAGAGGGUAUCCCCCCAGAUCAGCAACGUUUGAUUUUCGCUGGUAAACAAUUAGAAGAUGGCCGCACCUUGUCUGAUUAUAACAUUCAAAAGGAGUCAACCUUGCAUUUGGUCUUGCGUCUUCGUGGCGGUAUGCAAAUUUUCGUCAAGACCCUAACUGGCAAGACCAUUACCUUGGAGGUGGAGCCGUCAGAUACCAUCGAAAAUGUCAAGGCAAAAAUUCAGGACAAAGAGGGUAUCCCCCCAGAUCAGCAACGUUUGAUUUUCGCUGGUAAACAAUUGGAAGAUGGCCGCACAUUGUCCGAUUAUAACAUUCAAAAGGAGUCAACCUUGCAUUUGGUCUUGCGUCUUCGUGGUGGAAUGCAAAUUUUCGUCAAAACCCUAACUGGAAAGACCAUUACCUUGGAGGUGGAGCCAUCAGACACCAUCGAAAAUGUCAAGGCCAAAAUUCAAGACAAAGAGGGUAUCCCCCCAGAUCAGCAACGUUUGAUUUUCGCUGGUAAACAAUUAGAAGAUGGACGCACCUUGUCCGAUUACAACAUUCAAAAAGAAUCGACCCUUCACCUUGUUCUGCGUCUUCGCGGAGGAUCUUUCUAAA